AUGGUUAUCAUUGACAAGUCAGGAGUUCAUUGCCUUGAGGUUCAAUGCUGUGAUUGUCCCAAUGCCAUGAGUCCAGACAUUCAAAUGUUUCAACAUGGAUUUUUCCCCACAUCAUUUAACAAGCUGAAGACUUUGUUCACCUUCAUGGUGCUUGAUGAUUUUCUAUUGGACAACCUUGAAUCUCCAUGGAGGCAGUUGAAGGCCAUGAAAUGGCAUGGAUUUGGCCAUCAUUCCAACAACCCAAAUGCAGGAGAUCUCACAUUGUUUUGCCCCACAUGGAAUGAAUCACUUGAUAACUGGAAAUACACCCAAUUAUUUGUUAUGGAUGGAAAUUUCAAAGCCGAACACCUGCAUCCCAUCAAGCCAUUUGAUGAAGUUUGGCUUUUUGAUGAGUUGGGAUUUAUGGUGGGAAAGGACAGGUAUAAAACACAUCUUGCAGAGGCUGCUGACACUUUGAAAAAAUUGAGUUGCAACAAUCACCAGGCAGUAAAUCAAGCAAAUGUGACUUGGCACAAGCUGGAGUCCACAGGUAUUAGGGGAGUUACCUAUUUUCAGAAAGGCAAAAGACAAGCCAAACAUGCCAUCUGA